AUGAAGAGGAGCAUAAAAGCAAUUCAGUGCCACAUGAUUGACAAUACAAAAGUACCUAUGCAAGAGCAACAUCACUAUUGCCCUAAAGAUGAUAACACUUGGUGCAAAUUUUGGAAAGAACAGUUAGAUAACACCGUAACAUAUGACCAAAGCAAUCGUUUGCCUGAGGUAUUUAUGGAAGAGUUAGCUCCAAUUUUUACAAGGCUUUCUCAGGACAAUCUACUCUCUAGGUGUUUGAAAGGGAUAACUCAAAAUCAGAAUGAGGCUAUCAAUGGAAUGCUCUGGUCUAAAUGUCCCAAGACUGAAUUUUGUGGAGCUCGAAAAAUAACAAUAGCUGUCUGUGAGACCAUUGGCCUUUUUAAUACAGGUGCUGCCAGUGAAGCCAUGGUUAUGGGUAUAUUUGGUAUAACACAAGGCACUAAUACAAUAAAUUAA